GACAACCUAUCCGAUGUACAAAAUACUUUAAAAGACAGGUAGCUUGCGGAUCGUCUUAAAGUUACGCGCUUUCCGACGGAACAAGUUCGAAAUGUAUUUUGUCGCAACGAUCGGUAUUGUAUUUUGUUUGUAUACGGCGGCGCUUUCGGCAAAGUUGCCUGCCAGUUGGGGUAGAUGUCACAAAUCCAAUCCUGAAUUCGACGAAUGUCUAAGGACCAAUGUCGAAGACGCCAUUCAUAAGUUGAAAAACCCUACGCCCGAGUUGAAGUUGGAUUCUUUCGACCCACUGGAUAUUAACGAAUUAUACAUAGGGGAGGGAAAGGGAGCAGUAAAUCUGGUCCAACAUUUCACAAAUGUCAAAUUGCACGGGCUCACCAAUGCGAUAGUGAAAUCUUUUAAAAUAGAUUUUGUAAAGAACGAAAUCCGGGCGUCUUCGCUGAAUCCGGAACUGCGACUUCAAGGCGAUUAUGACGUAAAUGGUCGGGUGCUUCUGUUGCCCAUCGUUGGCCACGGACCAUGCAACGUGACCCUUCUAAACAUGGACAUCGAUCACACGUUAACUCUGGAAACGUUCGAGAAGAAGGGUAAAUCUUACUUAAGGGUUAAGGACUUUAAAGUUGUCAUGCGGCCCGAGAAGGUUAUCUAUAAGUUCGACAAUUUGUUCGACGGACAGAAGGACUUGGGCGAUAAUGUCAAUAAGGUAAUAAAUGACAACUCCGCCGAAGUGUUCGAAGACGUACGAAGUGGCUACGAGAAAAGUUUCGCCUUGAUCUUCCUAGAUUUGGCCAACCGGGUUUUGCCCAAAGUUCCUCAAGAGGACAUAUUUUUGGAGUGACGUCGUUCGAUGAUAAUCAAAGUCACCUUAGGACGCACGACUACCGUUAAAAGAAUGACAUUGUGAGAACAAUAUCACGAAUAAAUACGUUUCCAGAGGG